CAGACGACGAGGUGAAGCCUUCUCUACAGGCCGCAGAUAUGUCGGACCAUGAGAGCGGGCGUCCAACAUUAGCUUCAGACGAGCCUGUCAUCCCGGAACCACAAUUCUUCUGGGAGGCCGAUGAUGUUCCAGCAGAGGACAGCGAUCUCUUCCAGAGCUGCAUCAAUCGCCCACCCCGAGAUCCCAAACUGAAGCACGAAGUGUUCCAGCCGAAGAAAGACCAAGUCAGCAAUUGGUCCAGCGCCCCAAACCCAGAGUGUGAUGCUUCCUUUGGAGACGAUGGAGUCACGGCUACGGUCAAUGCAUACGGUGACCUGAUGCAAUUCAGCAGCUUUCUGGGCGUUGGUCACUCCGGUGUAUUCUCUGCAGACCAUCGCAUCAUAGAUGAGCCGUAUUGGGUACGGGAUAGGGCUGAGCAGUUGCUGAAGAUGCGGCAAGAUCGGGACCGAGAGGAACUUAUCUACGGACUCCGAGUACCCAACAUAACCCCCGAGAAAUGCCAGGCUGUAGGCUACGUCCAUGACAGAUGGCCACGGUACGAGUUUGAUGACGGAAAUCUUAAAGUCACUAUGCAGUGGAUGGUCCACGAGAAGACGGUCUUACAACAGUGUAUCAUCGCGAACAACGGGGUAGAUGAGGUAGAUGUCCCGAUUCGAUUCGCGAGGGGCAUCCACAUUCGAGACUUGGAUUAUCUGGACAGGUCUUUCCGAUUCAAUGAAAACGAAGGAAAGCACGACCAAUUGCAAACACUGGGCCCAAACGGCUAUGGGUGGGUUUUGGUUCAUCCUUUCAAGCACGGAACAGUGAACAAAGACGAAAAGGAUGAUCCAGAAGCUUUUCGUCCAAACUCAAGGUCAACAACAGUCAGCCAGAUUGGAACAAAGGCCAUGGAUUCAUCAGCUCCGCCAUCCCCAGCGCCCGAGCAACCAGAUGCAGUCGCAGUGGUGGUAUCUAUUUUCCUAGAUGGCAAAGCUGUCCGAUGGGAGACUGGAAAUGACAGCCGUCACGGUGACGGUGUCACGGAGCUGUCCGUCAAAUCUUUGAAGCAGAAUGGUUUGUUCGAAGUCGUUACUGCUUAUAAGAUGACACAUUUGACCAGAUCGAAAGCUAAAUGGGACAGCUUCCUAAUUCCACCGGCCUGGGCAGAUGUAAGCAAGCAUCUUGCAUCAGUGUCGUUCACUGCGUUCCGUCUUUCGGACCACAUUAAACCACCCAAAGAUAUGGAGGAAGAGCAAUCCAAAGGCUUCAUUGAUCGUUUGAUGAGAUAUACUUCAUCGACGAGAGAUACACAACUGCAUGGACUCCCGAAGGACAGCUCAAUCAAUCACAUUGACUUUGUUGUUCGCCGAAACCUGGAGCAUAUCCUGUCCGUAUGCGUCAUACCUUUCCCUAAAUCUUCUGAGACGAAAGAGAUGGCGGGUGUUGUUUUGACGUGUGGCGAUGUAUCAGGGCACCGAGUAUGUUCUUCGGCAAGUUUCUUUGCUUUCUCGUUUCUCCUUGAGAUUGCAAAGUAUCUGCACGCCAUCGAGAAACCUAGCCCCGAAGAUCCUUACAAGUCGCUGAAACGAAGAAUCUACUCGGUUUGUCGGAGCCACUUAAAGUGGCUUUUGGAGGCUGGCCUAACUGAAGAAAAUGUUUUUGCAGCAAACUACUGGCCAACAGGUCGAAUCAUGCUUGCCGAUACGGAGAGCGAGUCUUUCAUGCCAAGCAACUCAUUCACAGAUACGCCGUUUCAAUUGAUGAAGGCGUCUGCAUUUACGAGCCUCUACAGAAGCAAUGAUGAUCUGGAUCUAGCACGGCGAGUUAUCCGGAGAGUUGCUCCGGCAUGGCUCGGCACACUUCACAAGUUUGACAAGCGUUCAUCCCACGUUUGGCCACAUGCACAGGACGAAGGUUGCAACAAGUACAGGCUCAAUGAACACGUGUGGAUUUGGAGAGCUUUGCAGACUAUCGAAGAUGACCGGAGGAGGACCACCGACACGAAGAACCUGCCGGAUGACGGGGGAGAUAAUCAUGGUGAGGCUUCUAAGGCUGGCAGGGAAUAUCAGAGAGACAACGACGUGACACAGGGGAACCAUAUCGCAAGCGAAGAAGAGAAGCUAUACAGGCAAUUUGGCUCCGAUGGCAUUCAACGAGACAUUCUACGACGAUUCACGGCCGAGAACGAUGUGUCGAAGAAACGUAUGCUGGCCACGACACGAUCUUCCCGCGAAACGCGUUUCUUACUCCAUGCGAGCGAUACUGCUCUAUUAUACGGCAUCGAGUGGAACUUUUUCUUGCAAAAGCUAGUUGAUGAGGUUUGGGACAACACGAUCGAGGCACAAGUGCAUCACAACGAGAAUUCGGAGACAGGAUGGGACAAUUCAACCCGAUAUGCGCUGGCAAUCAUGAUGGGAGCUAGGAACAUGUCUUUGAACAAAAAGUCUCCAAAAGACCUGGUCAAGUCUGCCUUUGAUGUUCUCUUUCGAUCCACCAGCCCGAAUGGACUGUUUUAUGGGCAGCUUGAUGGAACUACAAAAGAGCCAGCGCUGUUUGGCAGAGAGCGGGAUCGGGACUUUUAUUUCCACGCCACCUUUGAAAUUCCGUACAUUCUCCUGACGCAUUGUUGGAGGAUCGAAUAUAGAUUCAAAGAAGUCUCCGAAAAAGACCCCGAGAUCUCGCAAAUACGCUCAGCGACGAAAACAACAGAUCCAAGACUGUUCAACGAUGUGGUAGAAAGAAUGCAACAACAGCCGAAACACCAGGAGCACAGGUCGCCUACAACUCAAGCAGCUACCUCCCAGAUAGGUGAAGCUCCCAAGCGACUGAAAGUGACAGCUAUGAAAAAGAGCGUCCCAUUCAAUAGCCUCAUUGAUCAGAGCAGCAUAGUUGACCUGGAAGAAGAAUGGCUGUACAACUACCCAUACUUCCUGGGGAAUACUUCGUGUGCUCCCGAAGGCUUCAACGAGGAGGCAAAGAAAUUGUUGAUGCCCGCGGAGAGGAAUCGUUCAGGCACCAUCGUUGCGAAGGCUGCCGAAGGAUACUUUGAGGCUCUCAAUAAGUACCCGGAAGGCUUAAUUGCUGCAGGCAUUCGGUUACCUGAUCCAUUUUUCAGAUCUAUCUCUCGCAAGGCGUGGGUAGUAGACAUUCGAAAGCAGAAGAACCUCAGCAAACGUGAGAGGGCGCACCGUGAUGAGCCUUCAGACAAACUCUACCAUAAGCAGCUAUGGAACGCCUUGUCGCAGCCUCGAACAGCUGAAAUAGCCAAGAAACGGCUCGUCUGGUUACCUGACGCGAACACCGAAACUGCUCUCAUCUGCUACAUCAGUAGCCCACCAGAUGAACAGCCAGCUAUGUCGCAUUUUUUUGAUUGCCAUUCCCACUUCGAGAACCAAUUCCUUGAAGAAACAACAAUGGUUCUAAACACGUGGAUGAGCGAACUUCACCUUAGUUUCUAUCGCAUGGUAGAAAAGAAUCACGUCCAGCUUCGAGGAAUACCCGAGUUGGUUAUGAAAGAGGUCCCAGGUAGCACCGACAAGAGGCUAGCGCGAGCCGCGAUGGGGUUCCGCAUAUCUGGAGACUUCUUUGACAGAUAUUGGACUUGUCACUUGAUAGAGUACAUCCCUGGUCAUGUAGUGAAGGAUAGCAGCGAAGGCCCAGAAAACAAGCCAUGGGGUGAACAAGGUUGGCGACAAAGAAAAGUGCUCGAGCUGCAUCUUUUCGACAGAAUUUUGAAGGAAAUCGUCCGCAGCACCAAAGAGAUCUUCGAGGCAGUCAUCGAUGAGCUAGGCGAUAAAGGCGGUACCAUGUCAUUUUCGACUCUGAGCAGCGUCGAAUACUUCUCAUCUAGCGCCAGAUGGCAAAGUUGUCAGCAACUGCUCCAGGACAUGGAAAAAGACAUCUCGGAAGUACUCUCGACUGUUGCGAAAUGGGAGACGCGCGAGAAAGAUAGAGGUCAAGAGCGGCCACGUUGGACACGCAACGACGAGCGCAAGUACCGCGGCUUCAUUGGAAAGAUGCAAGCGGCGACAAACAGCAGCAUCAGAGAAUUGCAGAAUUGUCGCAACAACAUUCGGUCGCAGAAGGCGCAGCUGAUAAGCUACCAGCAGCAGAGCCGCGACACCCUCUCACUGAUUGACGCAGAAAACGUCCGGCUGUUCACGUACGUAACUGUCGUGUUCUUGCCAAUCGGCUUUGCAGCAAGCGUAUUCAGCAUGAGCGAAACACCGCCACGUGAUGUGCUGAAGCCUAUGAUCAUCUGUUCAGUCGUUGCACUCGCCCUCACGAUCGUAGCGCUUGUCAAUGCAAAGAAAGUGUUGACGGCUAUCAACAGCUACUCCUAUUCUAAGAUGAGAAACAGCCAGUUGAGCUCCACAGAUGAGAUACAGGGGAAAAUGGAGCGGAGGUUGCCCACACAUGAACAAGAAAUAGCCAAGGUCGGCGGUACCGGGAAAGAGAAUCAAAAACGUGGUGAUGUUGAUGCGAGACAUGAAAUGGAACGCAGCAGCAGCUUUUCGGGGCACUUGCGGUUCUGGUUGGCAUACAUACUCAUUGAUCUUCCUGCUCAACAGGUUUCGCGAGCGUAUGGUGUCAUGGAGGGCCCAGAGUCUACAUACUGGGUUACCUAUGUUCAUGUCAUUAUAGGGUUCAUGGUUUUGCCUGUACUUCUUGUCGCCCGUCUGUUCCAACAUCUUCUUUACAACGUCAUGGAUCUAAGCCAGCUUGCCUGGGGACGAUGCAAAUUGUAUAUUGUAUCAGCAGAACCGAAGCCGUACGAUUUGAAUCGACACUGGUUGACCAACACUAUGCGCGUGCAUCGACCACUCGAAGGUAAAUUGAUGGAAGUAAACAAACGCUUAUCAGACCUGAGAGUCAGUAAAGGGCAGCCCAGUGGGGAUGAGACUUCUCUUCCAAGAGAGGCAUGACGAAGUCAGAUGCCUCGCCGAUCUACCUCAUUCUGAAGUGCCGAGUAUCUUUUUCAUCUGAGGCAGAUACUGAUGAACCCCCAGAGCGCCAAACUUCAGUCAUUCAAGUUCAUAUAUGCCUCAAUAUAGGUUGCUUCAUGCUUUAAACCUUCUGAUUCACAUCCUCGUUUCACAUGUCGACAGUCUGCAAGAUGCGAUCAAAAUACCAUUCUGCAACAUCUCAAACUCU